GGGCUUUGUCGGCUCUGCCUUCAGCCAGUGCGCUCGGCUUUGUCGGCUCUGCCUUCAGCCAGUGCGCUCGGCUUUGUGUCCACUUGUUGUAGAUGUUUCCCUCCGCCAUACAAAGAAAACUGGAAUAAGUAUGAAGACCUUGCGUUCAAGUAUGCCCCUCUUGAGCAGAAAAAGUCGGUGAAGUUACUCCUAUGUCAAUAUAUGGCUGAGGAACAAGAUGAUGCAGAUAGAACCUGUGCCUACACAUUGGACCUUCUCUCGGCUUUUCUGGGUACUAAUCGGUCAGGAGGACAGUCAAUGCUUUCUGUCUUUGAGGGAGAGUAUGUGAAUAUAGAGGCCUGUCUUGGUGACGUCACCACCAGAGAGCGCCUUUCAUUGCUGCCUUCGGUGUUACCAGGAAUUCCAUUUCUGAUGUAAAGGUUGUUAUUGAACUUCAAAACAUCAUCCCUGUAACUGAUGUGUGUACAGCAGUACAUUUCUGUUUUGCAUCAUACUUUGUACUCAACAUUGUUUACCCUCCUUCUUUUAAAAACAUUCUUUUGUUUUUAGAACGUUAUGUGUAUUGCUUAAAGUCAUGUGUUAAACUUCCCAUGUGUGUAAUUAUUGUUCAUGAUAAUCUUGAGAGGGUUCAUGCAUCUUGAAACUCUAUAUCAACAAUUGUUUGUAUGAUGUAUUAUCAUCAGUCAUUGUUCUAUUUUGGCAAAGAUGGUGCAGGCGCAACGGAUUAAUAUUAUGCAAGGGGUGUAGUGAUGAAAUCAUUGGGUGUCCAACCAACACCCUUUAGGGGUGUCAUUGGAGUGACACCCUUUGGAGGGGUGUCCAAAUUGCACAAAUGAAUGACACCCCGUUUUGGUGUUACCCUGACACCCCCAUUUUUACAGUGUA